AUGGAUCAUGAGGAGAAUCAAGGUUUAUUGCAGAGCUUCCUCGGACUUUUCGCUCGAAGAGGGCCAGAAAGAUCAAUACCGUCAACUUCGGUGCAAUCCCAAGCGACUGACGCCUGGAUGCGAGCCGACGCAUUUCUCCAACAUGAAGACAAUGGAGCUGGCGGGAGGGACCCUGAACAGGUCAAGAGAGCACUGAGAGCGUUGGACAAUCUCCUUGAACCUGAGCACAGCCGAGAAGCAGAACCCCCUCGCCCUUUCCAGCUGGCUGAUACAUGGCUGGAGCAGACGAUACACAAGAAGUUGCCAUAUUCGAAUCUCCGACGGGCGGUGUACAAUGCAGACACUAAUUCACGCCCGACCAUCCGCAUCAGUAAACGCAAACGAGAAAGCGACGAUGCCAUGGAAGCGCUUGAAGACUUGGAUAACGAGGCAAAGAAGCGUCGGGUUGUGGUGCGCGAGGACCCUGUCAUGGACGAUGACACAUUCGAGCCCGAUGCAGAGGAAGCUAUCGAGCUGAGGAAACGCUCAAUGUCGUUGCAUCAGGGACUGCAGAACCAUUGGAUGUGCGUGUGUCACAAGUGCUCGGGCCUUAGCGUAAGACUCUCAUUGCCCCAACGGAGGACGAGCUCGAAAGGAGAGACAUGCUUCGACGUAUUCUUUGGUGUGCAAGAUCCGAUUGAGAAGCACUCACUGCAGGAAGCUAAGAUAACGGUCAAGUACGAGUUCGAGACAUUGAUGAGAUGA